AGAAAAUGCUUCGCUAUGCGGCCUCACCAAAAUGGCCCGGGCCAGCCUGCAAGAAAAAACUUAGGGUUGCAAGAAAAACCCCAGCUCCUUUCCUUGUAUUGUCGGAAAUCACUGUCUCCCCUCCCUACCUUCGCAAGUUUGCGCCUAAACCCUAGCUCGCUUCCCAAUGGCGCCGAAGAAGCGCAAGGCCGAUCCCGCCGAGUCCGCCGACGCUGCGGAGGCAGCCGCCGGCAACCACCGCCAGGAGCCAGCGCCCUCGGAGCCCAAGCCCCGCGCCACCAUCUACUUCCCCAUCACCGACGACCCGCCGGAGCCCGCCGCCGAGGAGGACGAGGAGGAUGGCGCUGGCGAAGACGAGGACGACGUGGAGGACAUCGGCAAGCUGCUCGAGCCACUGUCGCGGGAGCAGCUCGUCGCGCUGCUCCGCACGGCGGCGGAGACGAGCCCCGCUACGAUGGCGGCCGUGCGCCGCGCCGUGGAGUCGGACCCCGCCAGCAGGAAGCUCUUUGUCCACGGCCUCGGCUGGGGCGCCAGCGCCGAGGACCUCCGCUCCGCCUUCUCAUGCUUCGGCGAGCUCGAGGACUGCCGCGUCAUCUCUGACAAGCAGUCCGGCAGAUCCAAGGGCUAUGGGUUCGUCCUCUUCCGCUCCCGCCGCUCUGCACUCCGCGCCCUCAGCCGCCCCCAGCUCCAAAUCGGGGGCCGUCUUGCUUUCUGCCACCUCGCCGCCUCAGGCCCCGCGCCCCCAGCUUCUCAGUCUCAGAACCCUAGCUCCAACCCAAACACCAAUGCCAACUCUAACUCCAAUACCACCACCAAUGCUUCUGGCUCAUCAUCGUCGCAACCUGACAAUAUGCCGCGCAAGAUAUUUGUUGGUAAUGUGCAUGCUGAUGUGGACGUGGACCGCCUAUAUAACUAUUUUGCACAAUUCGGUGAGAUUGAAGAGGGUCCGUUUGGCUUUGACAAGAACACUGGCAAACCAAAAGGAUUCGCAUUGUUUGUUUACAAGUCUGUGGAGAGUGCUCGCCGUGCUUUGGAGGAGCCAAUGAAGAAUUUUGAUGGCAAGACGCUCAAUGUGCAGAAAGCCAUAGAUGGGAGGACCAAGGGCUCAUCUGGAACGAAUACAAAUGCUAACUCCAAUCCCACUACUGCAUCUGUGGCUGCUGCUGCAGCUGCUGCGCAGAUGACUGCUCCUGCCACUGCCGCCAUUAGCCCAUAUGAUCCAUCGGCAUAUGGUGCCACUGCGGUUCCUGACAUGAGUUUUGCACAACAAGCCGCUAUGCUGGGAUUUGGUGCACAGCAACAGGCAUUCGCUCAACCCAAUGCAAUGCUUGCCAUGAUAGCGGCAAUGCAGAACCCAGCUGCACUAGGGAUGACACCAGCCAUGUUUGCUGCUAUGAACCCAGCCUUCGCCGCUGCUGCUUUAGGUGCAGGCGGGCAGCAGGCACAGACAGCUGGUCUUACGGGCUUUGGAGCUCAGGGUUUUGGGACGCAGGCAUUUGGAGCUGGAGGUGCAGUUUUCCCAAAUGCAGCAGGUGUUCAAGCAGCAACAGCUGCAUAUCAAGGAGGUGGGGCUCCUCCUGGUUUUCAAGGGCCACCUGGAUUUCAGGUUGGCCAAGCAACUACCCAGACAAGCACUGCAGUGGCAGCAGCUGGUUAUCAGGCUGGGGCAGCUGGGCAGGGCCAGGUGCCUGGUGCUCAGAUUGGAGGCACUGGUUUUCAGGGUGGAUAUUGACAGAACUAGGGCCCUCCUAUCUGUGGUGUGCCGCCGGACUCGAAGAUGAGCAAUAAGCUUGAACCUGUUGAUGCUGGCGAUGAAGAUGAUGGUGACUCUGGGCAGGGUGAGGAGGGCAUCUCAGCGGGCGGAGGGAUAUGACAACCUAAAGGGCAACGAGAACAGGAGAAGCGAAGAGGUGAUGCCAAGGAAAACGGUGAAGAGGAUUGAGGAAGAAGUGGAAGACCAGGAAGAUAGUGGCGGCAGCGGCGACGACAAUGGGGAUGGCCAUGACGAGGAGGGUGUACAUGAGGAAGGUGGCGACAAAGAGAUAGAUGAUGAUGACGACGACACACUCCAGCCCCUAAAGAAGCCGAAGAAGUGAAGAUCUUCGCUCCGAUUAGUUACCAUGUGCUGAAAAUUUAGGAAGAAGGAGAAAAUUAGUUUAUUUUCACCUAAAUUUCCUCCGAUCUCCAAGAGGAUUUGAAUUUCUAAACUAUCCUAAAAUGGCUCCACACGUUCAACAGCACGUGUGUGGGCUUGUAGGAGCUUUAUGAUUUGAGGCAAUUAGGGAGAUUGAAAUUGCCUUUUUCAUCCCGUAUGGAAUCAAACGAUCAAUGAUGCAGCCCUGGUUGCCUUCAACUUCAUUAAUGGUUGCCUUCAACAUCAUGGCAGCUUCAUGUGAA